GAUCAGCCGCUGCGGUGGGAACGUCGCUCGUGCGCACAUCGUCAUCAUGGCCGAUACAUCCGCCGCCACGCCCGCCAAGAAGGGCCGCAAGUCCAAGGACGGGGCCAAGAAGAAGGCCUCGAAGCCCGCCCACCCGCCUACCCUCGAAAUGGUGAAGCAGGCAAUCAAGAUCGAGAGUGACCCCAAGGGGACGUCGGUGAUGGCCAUCAAGAAGUACAUCGGCGCCCACUACAAGGUGUCGCCGGCCAUGCUGAACCACAUGCUGCGGCGUGCCUUCGACGCGGGCCUGGCUGCGGGGAAGCUGAGCCGUCCCAAGGGUCAGGGCGAGUCGCACCUGCUCGCCGGCCGCUACCGGCUGGCCAGCAAGGAGAAGAAGUCCACCGCCGCCGCCGCCGCCCCCGCCAAGCCCAAGAAGGCAAAGUCGCCCAAGAAGAAGGCGGCCGUCAAGAAGCCCAAGGCCAAGACGCCGAAGAAGAAGAAGCCGGCCGCGGCGAAGAAGGCCAAGUCGCCGAAGAAGGCCGUCAAGAAAUCGCCCAAGAAGGCAGCGAAGAAAUCGCCAAAGAAGAGCCCCAAGAAGGCAGCCAAGAAAUAAGUGUGUUCCUGCUGGGAACGCUUUUUAUUGUACAAAUGGCACUGUGCUAUAUUCAUAGUCAUUCAUAUUGAACGGCGUUUUCCGGUAACUAGUGUAGUCGUGGCCGCGGCCGAUCUCAAUGGAGCUGGGAUACCGCUCCACUAUCGCACGGUAAUACACAAUUGUCAGCU